AAGCUGAGGGUGGUUGGUUUCGGGACCAUCAUAGCGGCCAUACGGACAUAAAAACGUGUUAAAUAACAGCGUAUAGCAACACUACCAUUUGAUUCGAGGCUGCUUUUACGGAACUGUGCAAGACUCAGAAGAGCAAAGCUGUGGUUGGCGAGGCAUAAUAUUCACAGAAAGGUUCAAAUAUGGCAGCCACACCAGUACUCAACCCUGCCAACUUACCACCAAUAUUUUGAUGUACUGAGAUUUACUGCUGGUGUUAUUAAGCUACUAUUCGCUGUAUUUGUGUGUCCAUCUGUGAUUCGUCCAAUUCUGACUUUUAUCCAAAUCAGUGGUUAGUUUUCCCUGUCCUACGCAUACCAGUAAUUGAUAUAAUCCCAGUCCCAGCCUUUAUUAAUAAUCCCGUCCUACCCUUGUCCACAUACCCUGUUCAGUCACCUAGUUUUUGUUCUAAUCUAAGUUUCAGCUGCAUUGCCAUGACAACAAUACCAACGGUAACACCAAUUCUUAUAAUAUCACUGUAGUCUCUCCAGUUCCAGUCCCUGUCUCUGUCCCUGGCCCUGUCUCUGUCUCUGUCUGACACGUCCCGGUUCCAGUUCUAACACCCUCCUUGUCAUCCUAAUUCCAUUCUUGUCACCAUAGUUCGUGUUGUGCUCUUAGCCUCGCUAUGAUGCACGAGUAUGCCCGGGCCAUCAAGCUUGAAGAGGCUGUUGCAGAAGACAAAUCUUUCACAGUGCUGAAGUUCCGUACAUUGCAUGAGGUGUGCCAGUGUGUGGAGGAGUAUCAGCAAGACACCUGCACACACUUCAUUAAGUACAACCGUGAUAAGCACUUUGGGGAUGAAGCGUAUGUUCCAAACAUAGAACGAGGGAGGAUCCACUACUGGUCCAACACAGGCAAGUGUGGGGUGCCAAUUGAGUACGAUGGAGUGCCAUUCAUGCAUGUGGGCCGCUGGGUCCUCAUGUGCCAUCAGGGCCAAGACACCAAUAAGGGUCACAAGGAGAAGUACCAGAUACGCAAGCUGAGGGAACAGCAGGAGAGUGGUGUGAAGCCAAAGUCCAGAAACAGGGCCCAGGUGACCAAGAAAGUAAACUGUCCUGCAGAAAUUUACAUAACUCACAUCAUGAAGUUCCCACAACACAAGAUGCCAAAUGCUCUGUUGGCCAUCAAUUCACUGCCCACCGAUCACAUGAGAAAACUGGCCAAGCGGAAAAUAGUGAGCAGCUUUAAACGCUAUUCAUCUAGGUUUGUCCGGGAGUCUUGGUAUUAUGUGAGACUGCCACACCCGAGCACCCAUUUUGGACAUCCUGUGCUAGGCCUGGUGAAGGAGGAGCCAGAGUUUGAUGUCCCAGAGGAGUGUGCCAAUAAAAUGUCCAGCAAAGUAGACUCCAAAAAAAGGAAACAGACCAAGGGCACAAAGUUCCGCACUAAGGAACCGGUAGACUCACGGGUACUGCAGAAAAUGUAUGAGCUAACUCGUCAGGGAGUGUCCACUGUCAAGAUGAUGCAGGAAGCCAUUGAGGAGUUUGUCCAUGAAGAACUAUUCCCUUGUGGAGAACCACCACCCUCCAUGUACCGCAGAUAUAACCCCACACCUUCAGAUAUUCAGAAUGCCAUGUACAAGGUGAAGCAAGAGAUGAGACUUGAAGGAAAGAGUAUCCUUCAAUAUCGGUGUGCAGCACUAGUGAGGGAGAUUACAGAAAUGGUGGUGCAGACAGACAGUGAAGAAUACCUUAACCAGUUGGAGGAGCAGCUCAGGCAUAUCUAUAAUGCUGUGAGAAAUACUGUACCUGUGCCAGAGGUUCAAUUUGGAAGUGAGCAAGAUGGGGAACGAAAUAAACGUGCACUGGCAGAAGAGUCUGGGCCAGGAAGUGAGGUGGGACACAAGUCCAAGCGAAGCCGCAGACAGAAACACAAUGAGCACCAGACAGAAUCCACUACUGCUGCCUACCACCUUAGUUUGGAGAACCAGUGCAAGGAAAGCGAGGAGCAGAUGGUGCUGGAUGGAGAUUUGGAACAGCACCAGGUCCAUGAGAUAAUCCAGCAGGAGGAUGGCACCAUUAUGGAAGUGUACUACUACCAGCCACAGAAUGAAAUGUAUGGUCCAGAUCACAGCUAUCAUGACACCAUCAUCAUUCAACCAGAGAACAUGAAGACUGAACCGGUAGAUGAUUGUUUCUAAGUCUGGUUCUCUCACAAUUUUUGCCUAUCUUCACCAAAGAGCAAGGUUAUUUUACUAUAAUCAGUAAUAUUCCAUAAAAUAAUUGCCUUACUGUUCUUUAAGUAUAUAAAGCUGUUUUCCAUCCCUAAACACUGGGUAUAUUUUCAGUGAUGUAGAUAACUAACAUAACUAAAGUAUAUAAGGAACUGAAUUUUUUUCUCCUUGGAAUGAUUAUUGCAAAAUGUGUUGAAAGUAUUUUUUUUUUUAACAUCCUGAUAAAGAUUUAAAGAAUGUAAUGCACUAAUACCUGAAGUUCGUAAUGGUUCCUGUUGUAAAAUAGACAGAUAUCAAUAUUUUUUGUACUGCACAUGUAGGGAUCAACUGAUUGUUUGGCAUCUUUCACUCAUAUGCCUGUCAUUUCAUAGUGUUUUGCUGCAGUUAAGGAUAGCUGGCUUUUUGGAAGAAGUGCCAUUGAAUAAGACAUUUCAAGCUAAUCACUUAAGGAUGGGCUGCUGUCUGUUGGGCCAACUUGUUCUACCUGUUGCUGAUAUAUGGGAUAGCAUGGAAGGCAUAUCAUGUUAAUGGAUGUGUUAAUUGUUUUUUAUUGUUAUGUAAGAUGUCCAUGUCUUUUGUUUUGUCUAAUUUUGUUCAUCUUUGAUCCAAGUUGAAUUUCAGGUGAUGUGUAAAAGGUUUGUAGAACAGAUCUUAACUUUUCCCUCAUAAUUAGGUAUUUAUUUGUAAUUUUUGAGCAAGGCUAAUAAGAAUGAUACCUAUAUUUAUUGCAAACAAGACGGAUAAUAAAAUGGUUUUAUCAUGUUUAAAUCACUGUGAGAGAUGAAAAACCUUGGAUGGUGUAUUGCUGUCUUAAAAUUAAUGAGGUGCUUGAAAGCCUUGAAGUGAUAACCAAAUCAUGGUUAUUGUACUCUUAAGAUUAUUACAGCAGUUUUGAAA